GCGUGUACACAUAUACAAUGUACGUUUGACACCUGCCUCGCGGUGAAAUGGCCAAGUCUGGGCGCGUCACGCAUCGGAGAAAGUGUACUACAAAACGUACCUGUGUCUGCUCUCCAAUUGGGUUGCGACCUCGAAAUCCAACGGCCGCGGGUCUUCUUUUUACGUGCGGGCCAACAUCUGAACCGGUUCACACCGACCGAUACCGGCCGAACCGAACCGAACGAAACGGAUUCCGUAAGAUUGUCUAUGCUCGGAGAUUACAAGCUCGGUUCUGACCGUUAG